AUCAUUAGCGUUUGUGAACACAGGGUGAAACCGUGAAAACGUAGUUUUAUACAAAUACACCCCCUCCAUCUCUCUUCCUCCUAUUCUGCUCUCUGUCUCUCUCUAUUUCAUGGGGCGAGGAGUUAUCGACCCCCGCUCUCUGACUCCUGAAGCUUUAAUGGCCGAAAUCGAUGCGGCCAUUGCUGCAUCCGAGUACCAGCGCGCCACUGCCUAUCUGAAAAUGGCGGCUCCAAAAUCGAAUUCAAAAUCAAAGCAAAGUGCUCAACUCCAUGAUGUUAAGGCAGCAGAUGAGGCUUACAAGUCAGCCUGUUCAGCCAUAGCUUCUGGUCAGCUUGAGCCUGCUCUCGCUUCUCUUCGAAUUGCUCUUGCCAAAUGUCCUCCCGAUAAGACCUCUGCUUUAGCGAAGAUCCACUCCCUCAUGUCUAUCACAUCCCUGCAACUUCAUGAUAGAAACAAGGAGGUAAUUGAUGCAUAAAGAUGGGGUUGCGAGCUCACGUUUGGGUGCGUGAGAAUUGUUAUCGCUUUGGGAUUUUAGGGUUGUUUUCAUUUUGGGGAAAUUUGUGGAACCAGAAUGGACAUGGGUGGAUUUAAUUGUCGUUUUAUGACUUGUAAAAGGGUUUUGUAUAAAUCAAAGUAGAGAGAGAGAUGGGAUUUUACCGUGUUAGAUUAGUGGUGGAGGACAAAUUGGGGUGUUGAGUUUUAGAAGUAUUGCAUUUCUUGAUGUCAAAAAGCAUUUAAUAAGAUGAGGCUUUUUGUA